AUGACUAGCAAUAACAACACCAAUAACGGAAACAACAAUCACCAGCAUUUGCAUUCACCAACAAAACUCACCGAAUUCGCACGCAACUUUGAGGAUAAGCCAGAAUCGCUCUUCGGGCGAGUAGUUAAUAAAAUCCAGAAUGUCUACAACCAGAGCUACAACACAGUUAAUGAUAUAUCCAGUGGAACCACCACCUCGAUUCAGGUGGGAAAGUCGCAGUUUUUCGGCGAGAAGCGGGCAUCUGGCGCAGAGAUAGCUGAGGAGGAAAUCGCCAACUUGAAUUCGGGACGACCGCAACCGCCUACAACGCUCAGCCUGCGGACGAACAGCGAGUCCAGGAGCACCACUGGUACGUCCAGCACCGCUGCCGAGGAUUCCGAGGCCAGUGAGCGGGGCGAGACACUGCCGCAACUAGCUAGCGAAGCGAAUCAGGGCCGCACCGUUUCCAAUGUGCUCAAGCAUAUCAGCAACAUUGUAGCUACAAAAAACAAUAACGAUCUAAGGAACUACAGGGACACUGAGCUGCAGCAAUUCUGGAUGCCCGACUCCAAGGCCAAAGAAUGCUAUGAUUGCUCGCAGAAGUUUUCCACAUUUCGGCGUAAGCACCACUGUCGCCUGUGUGGGCAGAUCUUUUGCUCCAAAUGCUGCAACCAGGUUGUGCCCGGCAUGAUUAUACGCUGCGAUGGUGAUCUGAAGGUGUGCAACUACUGCUCCAAAAUAGUGCUCACUUUUCUCAAGUCCUCCAGUUCGGAUAUGGGCCAGGAUCUUCAGGCGCUGCAGCAGCAUUUGAGCAACAAGCUAGAGGUUCAAGACAAGGGAACACCACAUGCUAACAAUCCACAGCACCAAAGACCACCACUUUCACGGAAAACAUCGGUGGGAUACCAGGAGGAGCGUUUCAGCUCACAUCCCAACUAUACCACUCUGUCUAUUGAUGAUCGCAAGAACAUCCUGCAGCAGUCCAAUUCGUUGAUUACGCUCCACGAGGAGAUGCAGCGAGUUCUGCCCGCCCAGAAUUGUGGUCAGCGUCUAAUCGAAUUUCUCAUCAGCAACAACAAGUCUGCUAACGAAGUACAAGCUGUGGCAAUAUUGAGUGCCAUGCUGGCAGCUGGAUUCCUGGAGCCGAUUGUUCCCGAUCCCGAGCAGUUGGAUUUUGACUCAACGCUGCACUACAAGUUCUCCAAAAAUAGUCUGGAUACGUCCCAGUCCAUGAGCCCGCAGUUUGAGACUUCCCUGCAUGCUGAACCCCAGCCGCCCAAAUCCAUGGAUCUGUCGGCUGAAGAACAGGAUAAGGAUCUGGAGAACGAUCUGUGCUUUACCACAGCUACUUCCAAGCUUUUGGAGUCCUAUUGCGAGCACGAGGACCAGCUGCUGGCGCAACUUUUGCGAGCCCAUCACUUGGACCAAGAGUGGGAUAAAGUGCUUCAGAUGCUAUGUUCCACAGCCGCGAAUCACUUCAAGCCCGAACACUGCACCAACGAUAUGAUGGACAUCCGAAACUAUGUAAACUUCAAGAAGGUUCCGGGUGGCAGGCGCAAGGACUCGACCAUUGUCCACGGGGUGGCUUUUUCCAAGAACGUUGCCCACAAGGAUAUGGCUACCCGGGUGGCAUAUCCUCGCAUUCUGCUGCUGCAGUGCCCCAUAGUGUAUGAGCGCAUUGAAGGAAAGUUUGUGACCAUCGAAACGGUCCUUCUGCAGGAGAAGGAGUACUUAAGAAAUGUGUGUGCCCGCAUCAUGAGCUUUAAUCCCAACGUGGUGCUGGUGCACAAAAAUGUGGCUGGAAUAGCACAGGACCUGCUAAGAUCGUACGGUGUAACACUAGUCCUGGAUGUAAAGUUGUCUGUGAUGGAGCGACUGGCGCGCACUUUGCAAUGCGACAUAGUCAGCUCCAUUGAAUCGAAUAUAACCAUGCCCAAGCUCGGCUUGUGCAAUAAUUUCUACAUUCGCAACUACAACGGCAAAACCUUGAUGUUCUUUGAGAAGCUAACCAAUCCCCGUGGCUACACCUGCCUUCUAAGAGGUGGAAGCAAUGCCGAGCUAACCCGGGUCAAGCGUGUAGCUUCAGCGCUCCUCUUCGCGCGGUACAACUGGCGACUGGAGAUGUCCUUCCUGCUGAAUGAAUUCGCUCAGCCGUUGAGCCCUAAGCCCUCUAUUUUCGACUCCAAAGAGGCGAGUCCGAAGGAGGAAACAGAGGCAGAACUUCGUGCCAAGAGGCCCUUAGUGAUGGAGCGCAAAUCCGAGGAGAAGAUCACAACCAUUGUUAGUGAAAAUGUCUCCGAUUUCACAGAUCCCCUGAGGGCAACUCAGGCAGAGGCGCUUGCCACUUCACCCUGUGCCCCGCCAGUGGUGGAAGCCCUAGCCGUGGAACCCCGAUAUGACAACCGCUUCCGAACGGCACUUAGUUCCACUAUCCUAUCGGUUAGUCCCUUCCUAACCUUUCCACUUCCCUAUUUGGAAACGGAGCAGGGACGCAAAUGCAAGCUACGGAACCUUUUUCCCGCCGAGCUUUACUUCUCCAAACAGUGGUCACGAGCGGGAUUAUCCAAUCUGGAGCGUCCAGAAAGCCUAGGCGAGAGUGAGGCUGGAAAAUCGGAGCCCACCAACAAGGAGACGUCCCAGACGAAGCUUCUGCCAGCCCACGACUUUGUAAAGAUGAAGAUUACUGCUCCAGCAAACAGUCGCGACAUUCAAACAAAGCUGGCAGAGUUCCGGUCGUUUGGAGGCCGGUUUCCUAAGGGCAAGGCUCCCAUGCUCCGACCGAAAAAGAAAAACGGUGAUAUGAUUCAGAGACCCCAAAAGGUGAGCGAGGAGCAGCUGUACAAGGAUGCGUUGGAUCCGCAGAACCAUCAACGGCUUCCGGUGCUCUUCUGCAGCUUCCACUACAAUCCCAAGGGGGUGUCCUCCUUUUGCAAGCUGCCCAUGCUGCUGGAUAUGAAGUUCUAUGGGCAGUACGACAUUAUGCUGGAGCAGUUUCUGCAGCGCUACUGCUGCCUCUUCAACUCGAUGUGCCCCUCUUGUAACUUACCCAUGCUGGGGCAUGUGCGACGCUAUGUCCACUCAUUGGGCUGCGUGCAUGUUUAUCUCACCGAGGACUCUACCUGUUCUGAUCCGCAGCGCAUAUACUUCACCUCCUGGUGCAGCAUCUGCAAUGCCACGACCCCCACUAUUCCGCUGUCAGAGUCCGCAAGAUGCCUUUCGCUGGCCAAAUAUUUGGAGAUGCGAUUUCAUGGCCACGCUUACAAACGCCGGCCACCACUGCCCGAAGCUGGACAGAGUGGCAGUCCGUGCGAGCAUUCGCUCCAUCGGGACUAUGUGCAUCACUUCAGUUUCCGGGGAGUGGGUGCCAAGUUCCAGUACACACCAGUCGAGGUGUGGGAAACAGAUCUGCCCUCUCUGAGCUUGCAAUUGGAUGUUCCCAAGCCUCUUCCCAGCAACCAAGUGCAGGAAGAGAUUAAGAACUUUUCAGUGAGCGGGCAUGAGGUGUAUACCCGGAUCCAUGAACGAAUAGCUGACUUGGCCACCGAGGAGGAGAACUCGCCGCUGGUGCAGAAUCUGAAAACCACUCUGACUCAUGACCAGUUCAUCUUCAAGCAGAAGAUUGAGAUUGUGCACAGUGUGCUGACGGAUCCGAAGGCCAGCGCCUAUGACAUUAGUGAUUCCCUGGCAAUGGCCAGGAGAGCGCUGGCAGAGAGCAUAGAAUUGUGGGGCCCCCGUCUGCAGGAGAUCGAGAAGUUGUCCGCCAAACAAGCCCACCACAUUGACUCUGGCACCAUUUGCACGGAGGAGUUGCGACCAGACCAGACUCCUUCCAUUAGCGGUGAUAGCUCCAAACCCUCCAGCUCGAAUCCCCAACGAGAAAAUGAUCCACUGGAGUGCCCCGGCGAGGACACGGAAUCUGUUUCCAGCAGUCAGACGGUUGUGGACAAGAAGUUCUCCAUUGACCAGCUGCUGGCUUCCACAGUGAACGUUUACUCCGACAAAAAGUCCAUCCGCAAGAUCCUUACCCAGCUACUUCCCUCUACAAACCAGGUUAAUCCUUUGCAGUCACCUUUUCCCGCCCAGGAUCACCUGACGCUUCCGCUGGGCAGCUUUCCCAUCCAUGUGCGGGAGAACGAUCUCAGUUCAGUGAUUGCCUACAGCUUGACUUCGGCGGAGUACCAAAAAGCCAUAGAUGAGGCCGAGUCCAACUCGAAUGGAGGAGCACCCGGCUCAUCCCACGCACACUCCAGUCCACAGUUGAAGCGGAAGAUUCCGUUGGUGGAUAACCAGAGCGAUGCAGAGGACAGUCCCAGCUUGUCGCGAACUUCGAGCAACACAAGCACCGUACCGGGAGGGUCAGUGCCAGCUCCGGCUCCCGCCACAACAGAGUCGGAGGAGAAGGGCAAGGAGCGCACGAAGAAAGCGCCCAGCCCGUAUAUCACACUGGCAUUCCACGACAACGGCUGCCAGUUCCAGUGCAAAAUUUACUUUGCCCGCGAGUUUGAUGCACUGCGGGCCAAGAGCUUGACUCCUCCGAAGAUGGACAGGUCUCUGUACCGUCGCCUGGAGAAGAGCAAGAUGCGCGAGGAGUUGAGAAUCUCUCAAAGUCGCACCGGCUCGGAAAUGGAGCUGGUGCGCAAGCCCAGCGAUGUAGGCGGGUCUCGACCUGGCGAGGAGCCAACUGAUUUGGAGGAGGAGGCUCGCAUCGCCCUGGCGCGAAGCCUUUGCAGCAGUAUUCAGUGGGAGGCCAGGGGUGGCAAGUCGGGAUCACGAUUCAGCAAAACCUUGGAUGAUCGCUAUGUUCUGAAAGAAAUGAACUCCAAGGACAUGACUAUCUUUGAGCCGUUUGCUCCAAAAUACUUUGAGUAUAUAGACAAGUGCCAGCAGCAGCAACUGCCCACAUUGCUGGCCAAGAUCUUUGGAGUCUUUAGAGUAACUGUGAAGACAAAGGACUCCUGUGUGGAGCGGUCAGUUAUGGUCAUGGAGAAUCUGUUCUACGGCUGUGAUAUCGAUAGCAAGUUUGACUUAAAGGGUUCAGAGCGAAACCGCUUAGUUGAUCCCACCAACCAGCAGGGAGAGAUAGUCCUACUCGAUGAGAAUCUAGUGCAGAUGUCUUGGUCGAAGCCUUUGUAUGUUUUGUCACACAGCAAGACAGUCUUGAGAGAUGCUAUCCAGCGUGAUUCGUCGUUCCUGGAGAGGAAUGGCGUCAUGGACUACUCUUUGCUAGUGGGGUUGGAAAAGAAGAAUAGUCUCCUGGUUCUGGGAAUUAUUGAUUACAUUCGCACCUUCACGCUGGAUAAGCGGGUGGAGUCCAUAGUCAAGCAAUCUGGAUUUCUGGGCGGCAAGGGGAAGGAUCCCACAGUGGUCAACCCAGAACGUUACAAACAGCGCUUUAUUGAUGCAAUGGAUCGCUACUUCCUGAUGGUUCCCGAUCGGUGGGAGGGCCUGUCUAAGGUUUAAUCCCUCCACCCAACACAAAAUCGUGCACAUAUGUUAGUUACAAAAAUAACUUUAGACGCAAUAAAGUAGACUCCAAUUCAA